AUGCCUUUCGGGAUCUCCCCUGCAGGAGAGAUUUUCCAGCAACGACUAGACCAGGCAAUUGAUGACUUGGAUGGUGAACGGACUGUUGCUGAUGACAUUUUAGUAAUAGGAAAUGGAGAGACGAUGCAGGAAGCUGUAGCCGACCAUGACAGAAAGCUCAAGGAACUAUUCGACCGCUGCAGAGCUAAACAUAUCAAGCUUAACCCAAACAAGAUUGAGUUGAAGAAGACCUCAAUGCCAUACAUUGGCCACAUUCUUACCUCUGACGGUGUCCAAGCGGAUCCUGCUAAAGUACAAGCCAUACUAGAAAUGAAGCAACCCACAGACGUGGCUGGAGUCAGAAGAAUCCUCGGAACAGUUAAUUAUCUUGCCAAGUUCCUUCCCCACCUCUCACAAGUAUCUGAACCACUACGACAACUCACAAAAAGAAUCAGCCUUUCGAUUGGGACAAAUCGCAUGACGCCGCUUUCACCCAAAUAAAGAAAUUGAUCACAGAACCGCCAGUCCUCAAGUACUACGAGUCGACCAAACCCCUGAUAAUACAGUGUGACGCUAGCGACCACGGCCUGGGGGGCCGCACUCAUUCAAGAGGGAAAGCCUGUCGCAUUUGCCAGCCGAGCAUUGACGCACGAGGAGAAACAAUACGCUCAGAUAGAAAAGGAACUGUUAGCUAUAGCUUAUGGAACCGAGCGUUUUCACCAGUAUACAUAUGGCCGACUUGUCCCAGUAGAAUCAGACCACAAGCCGCUCGAAGUCAUUCAUCAGAAACCUCUGUCAGCAGCACCUAGACGUCUUCAAAAGAUGAUGAUGAGAUUACACCAAUAUGACCCAACCGUCGUUUAUAAGAAAGCGUCAGAGAUGCUGCUAGCUGACACACUCAGUCGUCACCAUUUAAACAACUCCACCGACGAAGCACGCAGCGUCGACAGCGAUCUCGACCAAGUGGACAGUUUGGAAGAAAUCAAAGAAAUACUAAAUUGUGUAACAACAACCAUAUUCCAAGACCACACAACGAAAGAUCAAGACCUACAGCAAGUCAAAUCAUUCAUCCAGUCAGGAUGGCCCGGAAGCUCCAAAGAUCUAUCUCCAACAAUCACCCCGUACUUCCAUCUACGAGAUGAACUAACAACACAAGAGGGCCUCGUGUUUAGGGGAGAGCGCGUCGUUAUCCCAAAAUCACUACGAAAGCAAGUGCUGAAUGAAUUGCAUGCAGCACACCAAGAGAUCGCAUAG